AUGUCGUCGUCCUCCUCACCGCCGCGGCCACCGGCCACCACCCCGGCGGCCAAAGGGUGCCGGCCGCGCGUGUUUCCCACCAACGGCUUCGAGCUCAUUGAUCCUGGCCAGCUGGUGGAAGAGGAGAGGCUGCCGACGUACGACCGCGCCGCGUACUACCCGAUGCACCUGGGCGACAUUGUCGGCGGCCACUUCCAGGUCGUCGCCAAGCUCGGCUACGGCACGACGUCGACCGUCUGGCUGGCCCGCGAUCUCAACAAAGAACGGGUGUUCAAAGCACUCAAGGUCCACACCCACACGGCGCCCUUCCACCACGAACACUCCAUCUACGAACAUCUCCAGAAACCCAUCGAGCAGGAGAUGGAGGAAAACCACCCACACCCCGGGCGAGACCAUGUCCGCCAGCUGGAUACAAUGUUCUUCAUCGACGGCCCGCACGGCCGACACGCCGUGUUUGUCAUGGCGCCGUUGGGCAUGAGUCUGGCGACCAUGCAGGCGAUGCACCGAACGCACGUGUUCCCGCCGGCCAUGGUCGCCAAGGCCGUCAGCCAGACGCUGCUUGGCCUGGCGCUGCUGCACGGCGGCGGCAUUGUCCACACGGAUCUCCACGCCGACAACCUCCUGGUCGCCAUGACGGACGACGCGAUCCUGUCGACGAUGGAAGACAGCGAGGCCGCCAACAAGCCGUCGGCGCGGAAAGUCGUCGACCGCGACACGACCAUCUACACCUCACGCUACGUCCUGGGCGGCGCCGGGCCGCUCACCAUCAGCGACCUCGGCCAGGCCAGCAUCGGCCGCGAGCUCGCCGGGCACGCCAUGCCGACACAGUACCGCGCGCCCGAGGUCAUUCUCGGCAUGAUAUGGGGCAUGUCCGUCGACAUUUGGAGCACGGUGUUGCUGCCAGACAAUCUUUUUGACGUCUACGACAAGGAAUCGCCGGAGCUCAACAACGCACACCACCUGGCCGCCCUGACGGCCCUGCUGGGCCCGCCGCCCAAAGCGUUCGUGGAGCGCAGCAGCGCGUGCGCCCAAUACUGGGACGCAGACGGCCACUGGCACGGCCCUGUGCCGCUUCCGCCCGCCAAGCCGCUGGCCGACCGCGUGACGGCCGAUGUGGGCGAUGCCAAGCAAAAAGCACUGUUUGUCGACUGUCUCGAGUGUUUUCUGCAGUGGCUGCCAGACGAGCGGCUCAAGGCGGCGCAAAUCUACUUUCAUCCAUGGUUGCGGGGCUUUGAUGAGGUAUAA